AGCCUCAUGCCUCUCCCCCCCACAGACAGACAGCACGGCAGCCUCUGCUGGACCAAUUAACGGGGCCGUCUGACCGCUGCCCCGCACGCCUGUUUUCCUGGGCGGCUCUGCGCACUUGGGCAGGACUUUGCUGAACUUAAAGCGGAGUGGGACAGUCGGUCGGUAAAGCAGACAGGACACCCAGACAGUACGAUCAACAUGUUUACGAUGGCCUGGUCUUGGGCUCUUGUCUUUUCGUGUGCAUUCGCCUUGAUUUUCGCAGACGAGGAUGGGUCCAUGAUUGAGCAGCGUGAGGUGACCUUUGACAUUGAGAAAAUUCUACAAGAUAUGAAUCAGCCAGAACCCGAUAUGCAGAAAGAGGUCGACUUGGAAGCUUUCCUUGAUCCCAUGGAGUUCGACAUAGAGCAAAAACGAGUGGCUCCGCCUCCUCUGAGCCCAGACCUGAUCAAAGCCCUGGGAGAGAGAGGCCCACCAAUGUUUGGGCCUCGCUCUUUUGGUGGUCCUCUCAUGGAAUACCGUGUCCAGUUUCCUCCUGGCCGGCCGAGCUCCACCAACCUCCAGGCGAUCUGUCUCUUUGGAGACCGCCGUCCGCGCUACCCAGCCACCUAUUUCCCUCAGUCUGGUUAUGGCCAGUUGAAACGUAGGGCAGCAGCUGUCAAUAAUGCCGAGUCUUGGUUUAGCACAUGCUGCAAGGGGAACCAGACUUGGGAGCAGGAAGUGACACUGUGCUGUGCCACACGGGCGUGGGAGCAGGCAGUGGAGUUGUUCUGUCAGGAAGACACUUCAGUAAAGGAUCGUGUUUAUCACUGCUGCAAGAAACAGGGCAGUGACAGACUACACUGCUUCCAGAAAGAUGCUCCAAACUCUGCCUACCAGCCCACAGUGGAUGUGCCAGUGACACCUGUUCCCCCCGCAUCUGACUUUUCCUUUGACCCCAGCACAUGCCAGAGCACAGAGUUGACCCCACACGGCAUCAGAGGAAAGAAGCAGAGGAAACCGUCACGCACUUCUGCUCCCCAGAACAUUGACAUCAACUUUCCUCCCGGACGGCCCACGACAGCUGAUAUCAAGUCUCUCUGCCUCAACCGCAAGCUCCGCCCCCGCUACGAUCUCAAGUGCCUACCACUCAGAGGCUAUGGCUGGCUUGCUCGUCAAGCAAAGACCAUCAAUCGUGUGGAGAGGGGAUUCAAACAGUGUUGCAAAAGGCAGCAGGAUGUGUUCACCUGUGCUGAUGGGAAGUGGCUUGAGGAGAUGGACAAGUUCUGUGAAGACGAGAGAGGGGGGAAGAUGAGAUUCCCAUGUUGUGAGAAGCCUGUGGGUCAAGAGCGGUAUGACUGUUUCCAAGCCCGCGCCCCCCACCCGGGUUAUGAUGUGGACCAGUCAGGCUCCCCGACAGGCACCUCUCAGAACUCCUCCCUGGCCCAAAUUUGUGAAACUCACAAGAUGAUCAAGAAGAAGUUCCCAGUGGGUUUUCCUCUGCAGAGUUUUGUGAAUCAGUGCUGCCCCCUGUCUUCAGAUCAGAAGUCUACAUGUAUCCAGGAGAAGCUUGCGAAAAUGUCAGAGAGUCUGUGUUCAGCAAGGAAGCCUUCCACACCAGCAGUCCGCCAGUGUUGCCGCACCUCUUCCCAAGACCCUUCACAAUGCCUCUCCAAAGUACUCAUGGAUGCCAUCUCCAAGGCAACCAAUAUAUCACGGCAGAAGAAGAGAAAGUGCCCUCUCUCCUGAAACCUUAUGACCUUUUGCUGCUGACCCUGACUACGAUGGGCCAGUGAGGAAAAGGGCGUGCCUAAAACAGGGGCUGCCUCUAAUCACUGACCAGAAUCAGCUUUUCCUGCCCAUAUCCCACAUAACUAUCAAUAAGAUGAAAUAAAUAUUUUUGCUGUGGAUCAACUUUAGCUUCACCUACUGCCAGUAUGAUGUGCAUCCAUCUGAGAGCACGCAAGAAGAACUGCCAUCACGAGUACUUUCAUAAAGAACUAAUAAUAUUGUUUAGUGCAUAGCUUGUAAACCAGACUGUUGUCUGUCACUGUACCACUUAUUUUUUAUAAGCUGCUCUUUCCAUGUUUGAUUGUGAAUGUCACAUUUUCCCGAUUCCUUUUGGAACUGCAAGAUCAGUUCUAUUAUUUUUAUGGUUAAGAUCAUGACCUAUAACACUUCUGAUGAAUAAAACUAUAUUUUGAAAUUU